AUGCACCAGGCCUCGGCAAGCUCGGGUACAGAGAGUGAAUACAUCACGCAACGCAAACACUCAGCCCGCCGGCGCGCGUGCGAGGAGACCGCGGUUGCGGCGAGGCGGAUAGAAGGCCGCGGUGUCAUCCCCGAUGUAGUGAACAGUGUCACCGUCAUCAUCACCUCCGCCCUGCGAGCAUAUAAGGGCGGCCACCUCGCAUUGCAAGCCGAUAUGCCUGGCUACAAGUUGAGCAUCACCGUACUUCCCCGCACAUGGCACGUAUUCAGUCAAUUUAUAUGCAGCCACCUCGAACCCCAAAACCUCCGAGGAGGCCAAGCAGCACUCGCAGCAUGCCAUCGACGAUUUCAGCUCUUAAGCUGUGUAUACCACCAGACCGUACUGUGGCGAGUAUUCGAUCUCGAGAGAUACUCAAGUCAGCAUUUCCACAUAUCCACGCAGAUAUGUGAUGGCAACGCCUGGUGA